CGAGCGGCGCGCACGGGGGCCCAGGCGGGGGGCGGGAGGAAGCGCCGGGCAGCGCCGGCCGCCGGGCCCAGGAGGAGCGGAGCAGAGGAGCUGGGACACGGGCGGAGCCGCCGCAGCUGCGGAUGGGACCAGCGCCCAGGGCCCGUUAGUCCAAGCUGGAGCUUCGGGAGAAGCCUUCACGGGGAGAUUUACCCCUGCAUUCCCCUCCCUCCGGCCCAGGCCUCGCUUCGCUCCCCGCCAGCCCAUGGUCCCUGUUCUUCUGCGGCGCGGGCACCCUCUCACCUUACCCCCUUGGUUCUGUUUCUCGCAGCUCUCUGCCCUCCUAGCCCCUUCAGCUGGGAGGUACCCCCAGGCCGGUUCUUCAUAUCGGCCUCCCCCCCCACCCCCACCCCAUCCUAACCUCAGAUCCUCUUUUCCUUCUCAGCUUGAUUCAUCAGGCUACUUCACCCCGCACUGCCCGCAACCCGCUCACAGGCCCCCUUGGUGCCUCCCUCCUCCUGCCACCCUACUCUUAUGUACGUAGUCCUCAGCCUUGUCCUUAGCCCUUGCCCUAGGCUGCUAGAUCCACUCCUUACCCACCCCUGAGGCUUCCACCCACCCUACCCUCCUCUCCCCAGUCCGCAGCACUUUCUGUGUCCCCGCCCACUUAGCUUAUCCUUACUUCUCUUCCUAGCCCCCUUUCCCAGGUGCCAGGCUGGGUGGUGAUUGUGCCUCCUCUGUAGGCCACAGCAGCCCCAGGUCCUGGGGGUGGUGGGGCUACUGUUGUAUCCCCAUGGCACUGCCAUCACUCCUGCUGUUGGUAGCAGCCCUGGCAGGUGGGGUGCGUCCUCCCGGGGCUCGGAAUCUGACGCUGGCAGUGGUGCUGCCAGAACACAACCUGAGCUAUGCCUGGGCCUGGCCGCGAGUGGGUCCCGCUGUGGCACUAGCUGUGGAGGCACUGGGCCGAGCACUGCCCGUGGACCUGCGGUUUGUCAGCUCUGAACUAGAUGGCGCCUGUUCUGAGUACCUGGCACCACUGCGUGCUGUGGACCUCAAGCUGUACCAUGACCCUGACCUUCUGUUGGGCCCUGGUUGCGUGUACCCAGCUGCCUCUGUAGCCCGCUUUGCCUCCCACUGGCGCCUUCCCCUGCUGACUGCGGGUGCUGUGGCCUCUGGCUUUGCAGCUAAGAACGAGCAUUAUCGUACCCUGGUUCGCACGGGCCCCUCUGCGCCCAAGUUGGGUGAGUUUGUAGUGACAUUGCAUGGGCACUUCAAUUGGACUGCCCGUGCUGCCUUGCUAUAUCUGGAUGCUCGCACAGAUGACCGACCUCACUACUUCACCAUCGAGGGCGUCUUUGAGGCCCUGCAGGGCAGCAACCUCAGUGUGCAGCACCAGGUGUAUGCCCGUGAGCCAGGGGGCCCUGAGCAGGCCAUCCACUUCAUCCGGGCCAACGGGCGCAUUGUGUAUAUCUGCGGCCCUCUGGAAAUGCUGCAUGAGAUCCUGCUUCAGGCCCAGAGGGAGAACCUGACCAAUGGGGAUUAUGUCUUCUUUUACCUGGAUGUCUUUGGGGAGAGUCUCCGUGCGGGCCCCACGCGCUCUACAGGCCGGCCCUGGCAGGACAACCGCACCCGGGAACAGGCCCAGGCUCUCAGAGAGGCCUUCCAGACGGUAUUGGUGAUCACAUACCGAGAACCCCCAAAUCCUGAGUAUCAAGAAUUCCAGCAUCGCCUACUAAUGAGAGCCCGGGAAGAUUUUGGUGUGGAGUUGGCCCCCUCCCUGAUGAACCUUAUUGCUGGCUGCUUCUACGAUGGGAUCCUGCUAUAUGCUGAAGUUCUGAAUGAGACAAUACAGGAAGGAGGCACCCGGGAAGAUGGACUUCGAAUUGUGGAGAAGAUGCAGGGACGAAGAUACCACGGUGUAACUGGACUGGUUGUUAUGGACAAGAACAAUGACCGGGAGACUGAUUUUGUCCUGUGGGCCAUGGGAGACCUGGAUUCUGGGGACUUUCAGCCUGCAGCCCACUACUCAGGAGCUGAGAAGCAGAUUUGGUGGACAGGACGACCUAUUCCAUGGGUGAAGGGGGUCCCCCCUUUGGACAACCCUCCCUGUGCCUUUGACUUGGACGACCCAUCCUGUGAUAAAACUCCACUUUCAACUCUGGCAAUAGUGGCUCUGGGCACAGGAAUCACCUUCAUCAUGUUCGGGGUGUCCAGCUUCCUCAUUUUCCGAAAACUGAUGCUGGAGAAGGAGCUGGCUAGCAUGUUGUGGCGCAUUCGCUGGGAAGAACUGCAGUUUGGCAAUUCAGAGCGUUAUCAUAAAGGUGCAGGCAGUCGCCUCACACUGUCGCUGCGGGGAUCCAGUUACGGCUCGCUCAUGACAGCCCAUGGGAAAUACCAGAUCUUUGCCAACACCGGUCACUUCAAGGGAAAUGUCGUUGCCAUCAAACAUGUGAAUAAGAAGCGUAUUGAGCUGACCCGGCAGGUUCUGUUUGAACUCAAACAUAUGAGAGAUGUUCAAUUUAACCAUCUCACUCGCUUCAUUGGUGCCUGCAUAGACCCCCCCAACAUUUGCAUCAUCACUGAGUAUUGUCCUCGUGGGAGCUUGCAGGAUAUUCUGGAAAAUGACAGCAUCAACUUGGACUGGAUGUUCCGUUAUUCACUUAUUAAUGACCUUGUUAAGGGCAUGGCCUUUCUCCACAACAGCAUUAUUGCAUCCCAUGGGAGUCUCAAGUCCUCCAACUGUGUGGUGGAUAGUCGCUUUGUGCUCAAAAUCACAGACUAUGGCCUGGCCAGCUUCCGAUCAACUGCUGAGCCUGAUGACAGCCACGCCCUCUAUGCCAAGAAGCUAUGGACUGCCCCAGAACUGCUCAGUGGGAACCCCUUGCCAACCACAGGCAUGCAGAAGGCUGAUAUCUAUAGCUUUGGGAUCAUCCUACAGGAGAUAGCACUUCGCAGUGGUCCUUUCUACUUGGAGGGCCUGGAUCUCAGCCCCAAAGAGAUUGUCCAGAAGGUCCGAAAUGGUCAGCGGCCAUUUUUCCGACCAAGCAUUGACCGGACCCAGCUGAAUGAAGAGCUAAUUUUGCUGAUGGAGCGAUGUUGGGCCCAGGACCCAGCUGAGCGGCCAGAUUUUGGACAGAUUAAAGGCUUCAUUCGCCGAUUUAACAAGGAGGGUGGCACCAGCAUAUUGGACAACCUCCUGCUGCGCAUGGAGCAGUAUGCCAAUAACCUGGAGAAGCUGGUAGAGGAACGCACACAGGCCUACCUGGAGGAGAAACGCAAGGCUGAGGCUCUGCUCUACCAAAUUCUACCCCAUUCAGUGGCAGAGCAGUUAAAACGGGGAGAGACUGUACAGGCUGAGGCCUUUGACAGUGUCACCAUCUACUUCAGUGACAUCGUCGGCUUCACGGCCUUGUCAGCAGAAAGCACCCCCAUGCAGGUGGUGACACUUCUUAAUGACCUGUAUACCUGCUUUGAUGCCAUAAUUGACAACUUUGACGUCUACAAGGUGGAGACAAUUGGAGAUGCUUACAUGGUGGUAUCUGGCCUUCCAGGCCGAAAUGGUCAACGUCAUGCUCCGGAAAUUGCUCGUAUGGCCCUAGCAUUACUGGAUGCGGUUUCUUCCUUCCGCAUCCGCCACCGGCCCCACGACCAACUGAGACUACGCAUAGGGGUCCAUACUGGUCCAGUCUGUGCUGGGGUUGUUGGCCUGAAGAUGCCCCGCUAUUGUCUUUUUGGAGACACGGUGAACACUGCUUCGCGAAUGGAGUCCAAUGGUCAAGCCCUGAAGAUCCAUGUCUCCUCUACCACCAAGGAUGCUCUGGAUGAGCUAGGAUGCUUCCAGCUAGAGCUUCGGGGGGAUGUGGAGAUGAAGGGAAAGGGAAAGAUGCGAACUUACUGGCUCCUAGGAGAGCGGAAAGGACCUGCUGGACUCCUGUAAACCCUACUUCAUCCCAAGUCAGGCACUCUCCUAUUGCUGGUACCUGGGUCGGCAGUGGCUACCAUCUCUCUACACAUCAAAAAUGGACAUUGUCGCAGGAUGGAGACCACCGUGCACAAAAACCCUACCUUAGUGUGGAGGUUAUUGCCCUUCACAGCUCGGCCAUGUACAUAUACCUGCUCCUCUCUAGCCUGGCACCCCUCACUACCUUUUGUAAAUAUCUGUAUCUAAACCAGAAUAUUUUGGUCAAAUAUAAAACAAAAAAAGGCAUGGCAUCAUAGUCUGGGGUAGGAACAACCCCAAGGAAAGGAGAUUAUGGGGUAUGAACACAGUAACUCACAGAAUCACUGAAUUAGCAGUCUCAGAAUGAAGGAGAAUCUUUUAUGUAAUCUGUCCUCAUCAAAUAUAGAUAGAAUUCACUUCCUCCCCACCUCUCCAUUACAGACAGAAAAAGAUUCAACAUUCCACACAUACACCUCUUCCCAACCUGUAGGCAGUAGUUCACCCUUCUCUACCACACUGCCCUCCCCCCUGGCAGGCAAGGGAAGACAUUUCUCCCAAUUGGUGGGGGUAAUUCUCAGGUUCAUAGGGCAAAGGCUGCCCCAGGGACAA